GCUUCCAGGCUCUCUAUCAGCACCACUGACUGAUCCAGGAACAGCAGCAGCAGCUCUUCUCCCCUCUCAGGACCGUUUUACCGUGGUGCGCCCCAGACGCGCGCUCUCCUCACUCCAGGAUGGACUCGUCUCCGUCUCCUUCUCUUCACCUUUCCCACUGACUGUGACGCCGCCGUAGUUUAGUGGGAGUUCCCGGGGGAGGGGGCAGGAACUGUUCCUCUGUCCGCUGUUUCGCCUUUCCCCUGCUGGGUUUUCUAUUUUUUGAUUGAACUGCCAGUGUACGCGCCAUCUCCGGGCUGCAGUUCCGAGAUGGGAAUGUGUUUGCAUCUGCUGCUUUUGCAGUACUAUUUCGUCUCGAGUUUUGUGUGCAACGCCGUCGCUUUCGUGGAGGAGCCCUCCGGAGGCAGGUCGGACGGGUACUGCGGGCGGAUCCUCCGGGCUCAGACCCAGGGGACCCGGAGGGAUGGGCACCAUGAGUUCAGGCUCAGAGUGGAGGGGGACCCGGAGACUUACCGGCCUGGCAGCAGUUACAGAGUGGUCCUCCUGGCAACCAGCCCUGCCUAUUUCAGAGGCUUCACUCUCAUCGCACUGAAAGAGGGCAGAGAGGGCACCGCAGAUGACGACUACACCGGCCAGUUCCAGAUCAUUGAUGAAGAUGACACCCAGUUCAUGACCAACUGCCCCCCUGCGGUGACGGAGAGCACACCUCGCAGACGCACCAGGAUACAGGUCUUAUGGACGGCACCGCCCAGUGGGAGUGGCUGUGUGAUACUGAAGGCCAGUAUCGUCCAGAAGAGAAUCAUCUAUUUCCAGGAUGAAGGUUCUCUCACCAUCCGACUGUGCGAGAAAGAGGGCGAAGGUACGGAAGCUCCUGCCAUCGAGUGCUGUGCCUGUGGAACUGCCAAGUACAGACUCACCUUCUAUGGGAACUGGUCAGAGAAAGUACAUCCUAAAGACUAUCCAAGACGUGCCAACCACUGGUCAGCUCUGAUUGGUGCAUCCCACUCCAGAAGUUACGUGUUGUGGGAGUAUGGAGGCUACGCCAGUGAGGGGGUCCGUCAGGUGGCUGAGUUUGGCUCCCCCAUCAAGAUGGAAGAAGAGAUUCGACAGAAGGGAGAUGAAGUGCUGACCGUCAUUAAAACGAAGGCUCAGUGGCCUGCGUGGCAGCCGCUCAACCUACGAGCCGCUCCCUCCGCGGAAUUUUCCGUGGAUCGGACCCGUCACCUGAUGUCCUUCCUCACCAUGCUCGGGCCCAGCCCAGACUGGAACGUGGGGCUGUCAGGAGAGGACCUCUGCACCAAGGAGUGUGGCUGGGUGCAGAGACUGGAGACAGACCUCAUCCCAUGGGACGCAGGCACUGACAGCGGUGUCACAUAUGAGUCACCAAACAAGCCCUCCGUCCCUCAAGAGAAGAUCCGACCCUUGACCAGUUUGGACCACCCCCAGAGCCCGUUCUAUGACCCAGAGGGUGGUGCCAUAACCCCUGUAGCCAGGGUGGUGGUGGAACGUAUCGCUAGAAAGGGAGAGCAAUGCAACGUGGUGCCAGACACCAUAGAUGACAUAGUAGCAGAUAUUGGACAGGAGGAGAAGGAGACAGAUGACACACCUGAGACGUGCAUCUACUCCGGAUGGUCUCCCUGGUCAGCUUGUAGCAGCUCUACAUGUGAAAAAGGUCGCCGGAUGAGACAAAGGAUGCUGAAGGCCCAGCUGGAUCUCAGCGUGCCGUGUCCCCACACUCAAGAUUUCCAGCCCUGCAUGGGCCCAGGGUGCAGCAGAGAGGAGCCAUCGACGUGCAUGAUGUCAGAGUGGAUCAGCUGGUCGGCCUGCAGCGUGUCCUGCGGGAUGGGGAUGAGGUCUCGAGAGCGAUAUGUCAAACAGUAUCCCGAGGAUGGCUCGCUCUGCCAGCUCAACACUGAGGAGACUGAGAAGUGUGUCGUCAACGAUGAAUGCUCACCCAGUAGCUGCGUGGUGACUGAGUGGGGGGAGUGGGACCCCUGCAGCGUCACCUGUGGGAUCGGCAUGAGAACGGAGCGUAUGGUAAAGAUGCCUAUAGAUGGAUCCAUGUGUAAGACCGAGGUAGCUGAAGUGGAGAAGUGCAUGAUGCCAGAAUGCCAUACCAUCCCCUGCAUGCUGUCGCCCUGGUCGGAGUGGAGUGAGUGUAGCGUUACAUGUGGGCGGGGCAUGCGAACACGGCAGAGGAUGCUGAAGUCUGAUCCUGCAGAGUGCACAGAAGAGCUGGAGCAGACGGAGAAGUGCAUGCUGCCUGAGUGCCCCGUCGACUGCAUGGUCUCAGAGUGGACGGAGUGGUCGACGUGCAAUAAGUCCUGUGGAAAAGGACACACCAUUCGGACCCGUAUGAUCAAACUGGAGCCGCAGUUCGGGGGCAGCUAUUGUCCUGAGACCAUCCAAAGGAAGAAAAUGCAAGAUCAGAAGUGUCGGAAACGGCGGUUGGAGGAGGUGUCAGGUUGCAGGAUGCAACCGUGGUCCAGCUGGACGGAGUGUACCAAACCGUAGGGGGGGAUCCAGGAGGCGUUUCAUGGCAGCAAAGAAAAGAACAAAGGCCAAGGCUGUAAGGACAGGAAGGAGAUCCGUGCCUGUAACGUUCAAGAAUGCUAGGGGGCGCUGCUGAGCUACAGAGAGGCGAGGAGGUGUGCAGUGGGUUAAAUAGAUGACGUGAAAAUAAGGAUUCAUUUUAUAAAAAUGAUGACCCAGAUUAAAUUGACUUUUUUGUGUGUAGAUGGGAGGUGAGGUGAAGGGAAUAUUAUGGGUUAGCUUUAUUCUUUGAAAAAAGGAGGGAAUUUUAGUUGGGGGGGUACAAUAAUGACAUGCUGUUUUAAAGCCUUUGUGGGCAUUUAGUUAACAGAGCUGACUUUUAUUUUACUUUUAGACCAUAUUGGAAGUAUUAGACAGAAUAUCUGUGUCCUGCAAAAAAAAAAGAAAUUUGUCUGGAAUUUAAGUGGGAAAAAAGUUUUUGGUCCCUGCUAGUAAAAAGUUUUUGGUCCCUGCUAGUAAAAAGUUUUUGGUCCCUGCUACUAGAGUUAAAUACCUAAAAUUUAAAGUAUUUUCUGGGUAUUUUCACCAAAAUCUGCCCGUCUGCUGCAGCACCUCCAAAACUUUGGCUUGUCUACUAAUAAUUAGGAGCUGAACAUUUUUGUUGAAAGCUGUAUAUUUUCAUUUUUACUGUUGAUGUAAGGCUUAACUAGGGAGAAGUCAAAAUUAGGGCUAGCUAAUUGGGUUUAAGCUUGUUAUUGGAAUUAUGUUAACCUGCAUUGUCCCUAUUAAAUAAAUCAUCUAAAUCAAAGAGGCCACCUAUAAACCUUUUUAACACUACCAGACAACUUUAAUCUGACCAUUAAAUAUCAUUAAUACUGUAAUACAGUCUUUACUGCUUUGCUUUAAUUUAGUGUUUUUGUCCAGUGUACAUUUAUAUGAAGAUUUCACUUUCUUGCGCAUAAAGAAAAAGAUGUUAAUGAGGGCUACUAUAGUCAAAAGUAUGUGUUGUUAAGUCAGCAUAAGAGGAGGAGGAGGGUGGAGGGCAAACAGUGGAGAAGCUAAAGCAUUGGAUGGACCGUGUAGAAGGGUAUCGUGACUGUGACCGAGCGUGACUUCGUGGCCUGUCGGGACUAAUGUUUGAUUAUUACUCUUAGUUAGUGUGGUAAAAAGGAUGCAGCUGGAUCGCGGUCAGCUUGGGGGAAAUGAAGACUAGAUAAAAGAGAAGAAGGAGAGAAAACUCACAGAGUCAAAAAAGCACAAAAUUCACCUGUUACAGCCUCUAGGUCACUGACAUCAUAUACAUUAUGUAAAAUGGACAAAAGUACAGUGCGCAGUGUUUUGCUCUGGUCUCUGUGAGGGACUGUUCUUCAGACGUGUGCAGUCUCUAUGAGGGUGACUGAUAAACAGCAUUUUUUUUCCCCCCUUCAGAAAAGCACCAGGAGAACUUCUCCCUUCACAAACGUUUGAGUGUUACUCAGAAGAUCGAUGUAAAACGAGCCAAAAUGUUAAACUAUACUACUCCACUGUUGUAUGAAAAUAAACUAAUAACAUCAGAUAAUUGAAAUGGAAAUGGAUUUAUUACCACACUGCGUUAAAAUGAGCUUCAUUUUUGGUGAGCAGUCCGAGGGGGGAUUUUAUUUUUUUUUUUUUGCAAGACAUAGAAAGGCAUAGAUGGUAACACAAGAGGUCUCUAAAAUCUGAGGAUAUACUGUACAUUCACUAUCUAACCAACACGUAUAAGUGUCAUUGCUUUGUAAUUACUAAAACCCACUUUCCCUUACGAACAGACCAUUUCAGUGGAGAUGUUUUAUACUGUUAAAAUGAGUCUUUAUAUACUGUACUGCUGUUUCUCUGUCAUUUCAGCAUGUGUAGCAAGCCUGCGAUAGCGCUCAUCCUGUCAGAGGACUUUAUUUCAGCAUGUUCACAGACGGUUGUUUUAUUUGGACGUCACGCUUUCUCAGCUGUAGCGAAACGACUGUAUCUGCUUUGUUCCCACGGAGCCUUAGGAGUGUCACGUCUUACACAUGUGCUGGCUGUAAAAGGCGUAUGUAGAGGAUAUAGAAGUUUCUACAGUAUUAAAACCUGUAGGAUAGCUCAAUGUACAGUAGACUGUUAUGGGGCCUUGGUUAUAACACUUUUUUUUAUUGUGCUUUGGCAGGAUACGAGUGAGCUGUAAAAUCUUUUGUGUUUUCUUUUUUUUGUAUUUUUUUUAGCAUUACUUAGCAGAUUAUGUUGCUUUUUUUUUAUAAGGAUCUCAUCACAAAAGGUGUGUUUUCUGUAGAUUUUCUCUCCUUUUAUUUACAGGCCUCUUUCUUUUCUCUUUACGUCUGUAUCACGUGACUAUUUUGUAAGAAACCACCUUUACAAUAAAAAAAAGGUAAAUGUGAGAAUCA